CCACCAGCAUGACUCCUCGGUCUCUGCUCCUGUCCCUCCUGGUUCUUCUGUGUUUCUACGGCACUGCCUGGUGCAGCCCAAUGUGCAACAACCAUUGCUGUCGAUUCGUGGAGGGUUUCCCUGUCCGGCUAAAGAAGCUCAGAGAGGACUAUUCACAGAUCAGAGACUACUAUGAAGCAAACGACGACUUGGACACAGCGCUGCUAGACGAGAGCGUGGAGGAGUCCUUUAAAAGCCCGUUUGCCUGCCACGCCAUGAACAGCAUACUGGAGUUUUAUCUGAACACGGUGCUGCCCACAGCCAUGACCGGAGUGACGGAGGAUACCAGGAAUCUAAAGCCGUACAUGGAGUCCAUACAGCAGAUCUUCGACGAGCUCAAGAGUGAGGUCACCAAAUGUAGAAAUUACUUUUCCUGCAAGAAACAGUUUCAAAUCGAAAACCUAAACUCUACUUACACUCAGAUGGAGGGUAAAGGUUUAUUUAAGGCCAUGGGCGACCUGGAUGUGCUGUUUAACUACAUUGAGAUGUAUCUGGCUUCUAAACGGCACAGACACACCGUGGCCGCUGCUUGAAGACCUGCUGACCUGAAUUAAACUGUGACUUUGUCCAUGUCAGAAAUAAGAGGGGACAGACAUUGACUCUUGAAAUCCGUUACUGUCAGUCAUAUGAGUGUUGUUAAUGAGUGUUGUUGCUGCUUGCUGAACUGAUGUCUUUAUUAUUGUGAGACUUCUGUUUUGUCCUGAGGACAAGCUUAUGUUUGAAGACCAUAUUGUGUCUUACACACAUGAAGAUACAACCAAAACAGUUGCUUCGAAGCUGUGAUAUUUAUUUGUCAUAUAUUUUAUGUAUUUUUGUAUUUAUUAUGACUAUUUUUACACUGUUAAAGAGGAAUAAAUGA